AAUACACAGGCCAGCGGAGCCAGCAUAAUAGAAAAGCCAGAAAGUGACACAGAAGCUCGUUUAAGAGAGAAGAACUUUUACAAAUGUAGUAAUCUUAGUCUCCCUCUCACACACACACGCCAACUGCAAAAAAACCUAACGGUCCUCGCGUUGAAUUCUUCUUCUCCCCGUUUCAUUUCUCAAUUAUCCCUUUCUUUUAUCUGAUUCUCCACCUUUUCUCUCUAUCCAACCACCGAUUUCCCCUUCUAUUCCUCCCAAUUUUACCCUAAUCCUUUUUUUUUUGCUUCACAUUCUUUGAUCCGGUUCGGUUUUUGAGAUCAUGUUUGUGGCGAUCGCUUUAGAGCGAUGUUCAGAUUGAGACUAUGAUCUGUUAAUUUUUUUAGAAGGUUGGAAGAGUGGAAGAGAUUUUGUUUAGCUCGGUGAAUCCAAAAUGAGCACUCAAAGGCAAGUGACAGUGCGAGACCUAGUGGAGGAAGCGAAGAAGAGGAUCGUGUUUUUGGUUAUUUGCGUUGUUGGAUUAUCGUAUCUGAUGUCAUUGACAAGCUCCUCAGUUUGGGUCAACUUGCCAGCUGCUGCCUCCUUAAUAAUUCUCCUCCGAUAUUUCUCCCUAGAUUAUGAAAUGCGGAGGAAAGCUAUUGUAUACAACAACAAACAUCACUCAUCAAAUUCAUUUUCUCAAAACAUCAUUCCUGAGCAUACUAGAGUUCUUGGAAAGUCUGACUGGAGAAGAAAAGUGAAUUCCCCUGUUGUUGAGGAUGCAAUUGAUCACUUCACUAGACAUUUAGUCUCUGAGUGGGUGACGGAUCUGUGGUAUUCUCGCCUAACUCCAGAUAGAGAAGGUCCAGAGGAACUGGUGCAGAUAAUGAAUAGCGUUCUUGGGGAAUUUUCGAAUCGCAUGAGAAAUAUAAAUCUUAUUGAUCUGUUGACUAGGGAUCUUAUUAAUCUCAUCUGUGCCCACUUGGAGCUUUUUCGAGCUAGUCAAGCAAAAAAUGAAAAGCUUCUUUCUGGAUUGGUGUCUAUUGAACAGCGAGACAAGGAACUGCGACUUGUCCUGGCUGAUGAGAACAGAUUGCACCCUGCUUUAUUUUCUGCUGAAGCAGAGCACAAGGUUUUACAGCAUCUGAUGGAUGGUCUCAUUUCGUUCACAUUCAAUCCAGAAGAUCUAAAGUGCUCUUUUUUCCGUUAUAUAGUAAGGGAACUUCUUGCUUGUGCAGUAAUGCGACCCGUACUAAAUUUAGCUAGUCCAAGGUUUAUAAAUGAAAGGAUUGAAAAUUUGGUCAUUUCUAAGACUAAUAAAGGAGUUGCUGCAGUGCAAGAGGUGUCUCAAUCCAAACCCAAUGGAUCUUCCAAGAUCCCAUCUGAUCAAUUUUCCAGGUUUCUAGAUCCCACUGGUACUGGCGUUGAACUUGUGCAGUUAAAAACUGAUCAUUCCAAAAGGGGAACAGGUGAACCUGAGUUGGAUAAUGUGAAUGGAACACGUAUCUCAAAAGAUCCAUUGCUUUCUGUUGAUACUCGAUCUUCCCGUGCAUGGAGCUCACUGCCUUUGAAUUCCCAAAUUAAGGAUGAAGGAGGGCUUCAGCGGCACCAUUCAGGAGGAGAAUGGGGUGAUGUGUUGGACAGAUUUUCUCGUAGAAAGACUGCAGCCCUUGCACCUGAAAAUUUUGAAAAUAUGUGGACAAAAGGAAGAAACUACCAAAAGAAAGAAGGCGUGAAGGUAAUUGAGCAAGUCCCACAAAAUUCUUCUGUGAAUAAACCAGCUACAGCGGAUCGAUCAAAGAUGCCUAAACUCAAGGAAAAGCAUGGGGUGGCCAAACUUGAUUCCCCUCCUGCAGAUAAUGGUCAGACUCAUUCUAAUCAGUCUACAGUGGAGAACCCAUAUCAUCAAAUGGAUCAGAACUUGUCAAAUCAUUCUUUAUAUACUUCAUAUCAUGAAGAUGAUGAGCAAUGCUUCAUGCAUUUGAAUGAGAAUGAAUCUGGCAGUGUUAGUCCUUAUACAUCUGAAGAGGAAGAUCCAAGCAGUAUCACAGGCCUUGAUGAUCCUGGAACUAAAGUUUGGGAUCGUAAAACAAAUAGAAAUUUGGCUGUUUCCCCCAUUCAUCAUCCACUUGAAAAUCCUGGACACCAUGCUACAAGGAAGACUAGUAGAGGGCAGGCUCUUUAUGAAAGAUUAUCUGGAACAGAGUCUGGCAGGAAAAGGUCAAGAUCAAGCACUCAGAAGUUGCAUGUUUGGCAAGAGAUUGAGAGGACAAGCUUCUUGUCUGGGGAUGGUCAGGAUAUACUUAGUUCAAAAGGACAUUCUAAAGCUGAUGAAUCUAGUGAUGAUUCUGAGGUUGAAGGUUUAGAUAGGGCUAAUGGUGGGGCAACUGCUUGUUCAUCUACACCGUCUGCUUCUAUUUCAGAGAAUCAUAGUUCAGCUGUCCAUUCCUUGAAAAAUUCAUUGAUGGUGGAUUCUUUUUUUAAGUUGAGAUGCGAGGUUUUGGGUGCAAAUAUUGUGAAGAGUGCUUCUAGAACAUUUGCUGUGUAUUCUAUUUCUGUUGCAGAUGUAAAUAAUAAUAGUUGGUCAAUCAAAAGAAGGUUUCGACAUUUUGAGGAGUUGCACCGCCGUCUAAAAGAGUAUGCGGAGUAUAAUCUUCACUUGCCACCGAAGCAUUUUUUGUCAACAGGUUUAGACAUGCCUGUCAUUCAAGAAAGGUGUAAAUUGCUCGAUAUAUAUCUCAAGAAGCUCCUGCAACUUCCUACAAUUUCGGGAUCUAUUGAAGUUUGGGACUUUCUUAGUGUUGAUUCUCAGACAUAUUUUUUCUCAAACUCCUUUUCCAUCAUUGAGACAUUGUCAGUUGACCUUGAUGACAAGCCAUCUGAAAUGAGUAGAAAGGCCUCACAUCCUACGGGGCCUGUUAGCAAUUCCAUAUCUACCAAGAGGGACCAGUUAGGCACAGACCACAAGGAUUCUUCAUUACAGACGAAACAUAAUUUUGUCGCAGAUGGGGUAAAGAUGAGUCCAAAAUACACAUCCCAUUCUCCGGUUAAAAGGCCUGGUAAAGAAUGUGGAAAGUCAUUAGAGGAUUCAGGCAGUGACUCAGAUACCCAAAAAAAUGUGUCUGUUAGAAACUUGGGGAAGAUUGUAGAAGGAAGACAGACUGAUGGUUUAGAGCAGACAUCAGAGUUGAUUCAUGAUACUGCCAGUGAUCCUACCCUUCCUACGGAGUGGGUGCCACCAAACAUAACUGCCCCUAUACUAGGCUUGGUAGAUGUCAUUUUCCAACUACAAGAUGGUGGAUGGAUCAGGAGGAAAGCUUUCUGGGUGGCGAAACAGAUUCUACAACUAGGAAUGGGUGAUGCCUUAGAUGAUUGGUUGAUAGAGAAAAUCCAGCUUCUCCGUACUGGUUCAGUGGUUGCUUCAGGGAUCAAGCGGGUGGAGCAGAUACUUUGGCCUGAUGGGAUAUUCAUUACAAAACAUCCUAAGAGGCGACCCCCAUCCGCUCCCAACUCAUCUCAUAGCUCACCUCAUGGCCAGCAACCCAUGGAUGCAUCUUCACCUAAACUAAGUUCACCUCUAGGCCAUCAACCAACAGAAAUAUCUUCACCUAGACCAAGUGAUGACCAACUAAAAUAUGAAGCGGAUCGGCGUGCUAAAUUUGUAUAUGAGCUGAUGAUCGAUAAUGCACCAUCUGCCAUUGUAGGGCUUGUUGGUCGGAAGGAAUAUGAACAAUGUGCUAAGGAUCUCUAUUUUUUUCUUCAGUCAUCAGUCUGCUUGAAGCAACUGGCUUUUGAUCUUCUUGAGCUGCUGCUUUUAUCUGCAUUUCCAGAAUUGGAUCAUGUCUUCAGGCAGUUGCACGAAGAAAAGCAUAGAUUUGGUGAUUUUAAUCCAAACAAGUAAAAUCAUAUAUGAAGUUGACGUUCAUAUAUAGAAAUACUGAACAGAUAUUCGCCUGGGCAUUUUUCCUUUUUCCUUCCUCAAGGUAUAUUGAGAAAAUGUUUGUUGCGUUUAUUUUGGGUUACUGGAAGGAUUAUACAAAUUGAUCUCGUGUCAAAGAUCAUCAAUUGACACCAUAGGUCAAGUUUGCUUUUGAUUUGGCAUUUUGAGGAAAUUGAAUGUAAAUCCCGAGUUUAGUGAAAUAUUUAAUGAAAAGCUCAUUUAUAGUUAAAA